UGCAGCCAUUGACGUCUUUUAGCUUCACCCACUGAGGCUUCACCGUCCUCCCACAAACAUCGAACUGCCUCCAUCCGUGCUCUACAACAAUGGGGCAGUAAUGUCAGUGACGGGCAAGACUGGAGCGUCUUUUCACAGGCACUGAAGCAGUGUAUGGAUUUAAUGAUGAUGAAAAAGAAGAAAUUUAAGUUCAAGGUGGAUUUUGACCUGGACGAACUGUCGUCGGUCCCCUUUGUUAACGGUGUCCUCUUCUGUAAAGUCAGGCUGCUGGACGGCGGCUUCUCCGAGGAGUCUUCUCGGGAACCUGUGCAGGCCAACUGUGUAAGAUGGAAGAAACGGUUCUCUUUCCCGUGCAAGAUGAGCGCCAAUGCAGGGACAGGUGUACUGGACCCCUGUGUGUGUCGCGUGUCUGUCAGAAAGGAGCUGAAGGGUGGAAAGGCGUACGCAAAGCUUGGUUUCGCAGAUCUGAAUUUAGCAGAGUUUGCCGGCUCAGGGAAUACAACCCGCAGAUGUCUGCUGGAAGGCUACGAUACCAAAAAUACUCGUCAGGAUAACUCCAUUCUCAAGGUUAUCAUCAGUACACAGCUCAUGUCGGGGGAUCCCUGUUUCAAAACGCCUCCCUGCACAGCCACAAUGAUCGCAAUCCAGGGGGAUACAGAAAGCCUCCUGGAGGAGAGGAAGGGAGGGGACUCACAGAAAGGCUGUUCUGCAGAGAGUCGAGAAGGGAAGUGUCCUGUUGUGUCGGAUGAUCUGGGAGGGUGCUGCCACUCCCGAACCUCCAGUUACGCCAGCCAACAGUCCAAACUCUCUGGCUACAGCACAGGUCACUCCCGCUCCUCCAGCAUGUCAGAGUUCAGCCACCGGAGAAAUCAUUCAGUGGGCAGCGCUUCAACAGGUAUUGGCAGCAUCCCAGAGCCCAGUGAAGAAAGAGAGUCCAGAACCUGUCCAGUUUUGCCUGAAUACCCAAUCCCCACAGCCACCUCUGGCAACACUCCGGGCACACCAGUGCGAAGUGCAUCAUCCUGCGAACGGCUCAACAGACACCCAGUGAAACAGGACUCCAUGGAGUCUCAGCUAAAAAGAAUGGAUGAUACUCGGGUGGAUGCUGACGACGUUGUGGAAAAGAUUCUCCAGAGUCAGGACUUUACACCUAGCCUGCUGGACUCAAGUGCUGAGGAGGAAGGCCUGCGUCUGUUUGUUGGACCUGGAGGAAGUACAGCCCUUGGAAGUCAUCACCUUCCCACCAGGGUUGGUGGCGGAGCGUACGAGCAGGUGGUGAUAAAGCGUUAGACCUGCAGCAUCUCUGAUGGCCAACUGGAAAUGAGUUUCCAUUUCAAACUUCACUCCUACUCGAUCAGCACGUGUCUAAGCUGAUCACUCAGUGAUCUGUCGACAUUACACCAGUGCCCUCCUGUGUUCAUAUCAGUUAACGUAUCUUUAGGAGAAAGAAGUGGGCAGAUUUUAUCUCAAAUAAUUAAAAGAGAGGGAAACACACUGACCAGAUUGUUCUAAACCAGUUCACAUGCAUGUGUAGUUUUUAAUUCUGGCUCUCUGUAAACUCAAACAUACCGAAACUCCUGUAAACUGAAAGAAAAACAACCUCUCUUCUCCAGACGGCACAUGGAAACAGAACAAACUGAAAACAUAUCACAUCUUAUCAGGACAUUCCUUUGGUGUUUGUUUUGAACUUCCUUUUUUCAAAUAGGAUUUAAUCUCUGCUGAUAAGCUCCUCAAAAAGUAGUUGUUGGCACGCCGGCACCCAAUGGUGAAUUUUGAAGUGGGAAUAUUUUACUAUGACGAACUGAGCUAUCUGAUGUGUGGACGUGUGUGUGUGAGUGUAUGUGGUUAUGCGUUUGUUCUGCUGGUACACUGGCCACUUUAUUAGCAGCAACAGUAAUGCUGAUCAGUGAAGUGACACGAUCUCCUGUAAGGAAUGCCACACUGGUACCUGCAAAGAGAAAAUGGGAGAAAGGAGGACAAUUUAUUUAUAUGUAAUCGCAGAGGCCCCGUGAUCUAAAUCCAGAACAGUCAAAAAUGACUAUUUAAUAUUUUUUUUUUUGCCAUAUAAAACACUUUAGAGGAUUAAGAAUGUGCUUUUUAACAGUUUAAAUGCAGUUGCCACAAGUUGGAGCUAGAAAAUAAACCAAAAAUGACACAGCUGACUAGAAGCUGAAGCAAGAGAGCAUCUAAUAAACCCUGACGUGAAGCUAAACCUAAAUUAAAAUCUGAUAAUUCCCCUAAUUGACAUCCUGGUUAUCUCGUUUCUUCCUCUGUAUAACAAAAUGAGACUGUAACUAAAUAGUUCUCAGGGUGGAGAACUCUUCUUAAUGGUAAUUCACUAUAUGCUACAGUUACAAGCUAAAUGUCACACAGUUUGUGUUUAGUUCAGUUUGUUUGCAAAGUUACAGUUAAUCUUUGGAUUCUUUUUAUCCUAUCUCCACAUAUACAUAUAUUAGAUUGAAAUAAAGUGGGACAUAUCUUCUUUGUGUCAAGAAAAUAUCAAACCUGUCCAGAUCUCUUUCUGGAUCCAGGUGCACUAAUCACGACAGUGUGGCAGAGGUUAUGUAGUCGUUUUCUGUUCUCACUGCUCUUUAGAUUUACAGGGCAGUAAAUGCUAAAAAACAAAACAGUGGCCUCUGAAUAUUGAUAUGGAAGAGUAUAUAGAUCAAAUAUUCACUUUUGCAGAUGUAUAUCUAUUGUGUAGCUAUAUCACUAUGAACUGGCUUGUGUAUCAGGGAGCUUACAAAAGGAGGAUCCUGUCAUACAUCAACUCUUUGACUUCUGCAGCUGUUGUAUACCGUGGCUUGUUUUCUUUUUUUAAAUAGACAGCAAAGGACUAGUUAAGUAAUCCACUGCCAUGAAAAAAAUACUCAACAGAAGACCCAGAGUAAUACAGUAAUUUGGUGUAAUGUGUAUUAUCUCGUAGCUUCAUACUGAGGACAGUCUCAAGCACUCAAACACCUGCUGAGUUUUAGAAUUCUUACAGUGCCGUGCAUGCAGACCAAUUCCAUCUCUAGCCUCGUAGGAAAGCCAGUGCACAGUUGAGUUAAACAAGUUAGUCCAAGUACACAACAACCGUUAUUACCUGGGAGCCUCUUAGGCCUAUGCAUAAUGUGAGUAUUAGACACAUUUUAAAUCAGUGACAGACUGUACAGCAUCUAAUCUUCUGUCUCCUGUCGUAAGCCAUAGUAGAAGUAGGAUCAAUGCCUCUUCUAGGUUAACUAUAUACAUCUUGUAUCAAUAUCUGCACAAAGUGUCAUCAGUGUAUGGUGUUUUAACUGUACGUCAGUGUUCUCUGUCUUUAUGUUCCUAUGCUCUGCAUGUUUAUGGUGUCGUUUUUAGCUGUGACAAACUCUGCAGAGCCUGACACAUCGUAGUGUUUUCUCCUCAUUUUAACUCUACCAUGUUCUUAAUCCAUUUCCACACCGAAGGAAGAAUUUUGCUUGCUGUUUACUAUGUAGGACUCACUUUUGUUCAUGUUAAGAGCAGACGUCUGUGUAAGCAUCGAUGUAUAAAUGUAAAUCAGUGUUCUCAUUUUGAUGUUAAUCACAUUUAUUGAGCCGUUUUUGAAUCUUUGAUUGCGGAUAGUGUUCUAUAUUUUUGUUAAAUAUUUUUUGGUUUAAGAAAGUCUUUCACUACAUGUGACUUAAGUGUAAUGUUUUGUUUUUUUAAAUAAAAACCCCUGGUUUUACCUGUGUAACACAGGUAUGUUCAUCUCGGUACCUAACAUGUUGUUACAAACAUGGUUGCUUCUUCUCUUCUGUGAAGCUGUUGUCUAUUAAAAAUACUAAGGUGUAUUCUUCCGUAUAGUGACGUUCUGACACUGUCCAGUGUUUUUCCUGUUAAAGACGUUCUUUUGACCAACAUUUGCUUCUUUAACAAGUGUACUGGAUGCUUAAAAUGUCUACUGUUGAAUAAAAUUGUUUAAAUGUUU